UCUUCAUCUCUAGCCAGUAGGCUCAUGUUUCAUUUACAUCUCUAAUCUCUUACUCUCGUAAACACACAUUCAUACUGUACAGCCAUGGCUGGUCUAUCUAAUCUCAAUGGAAUAGUUGGUUCUGAGACUUUACUCAUCAAACCCAAAUUAUUCAGUGGCGAAAAACUCCAUAAACGAACACCCAUUAAUCUUCGAGUUCAUUCCAAUAUGAAAACAGAGGAAUUCCAUGACCACCAAACCCAAUCGGAAAAAAACUCAAACCAAACAACCACAAGAAGAUUUCUUUUAGGACUAGCUGCUGCUGCCAUGUCUGCACAAUCUGGAAUCGAAAAAUCCUUGGCGGAAGAUAAUGGGUUUUCAUAUUCUGGUCCUAUACCAAUUCCUCCAAUCUACAACAAAAUUGCGAACGAGGAGACGGGAACUCGUUCAUUCUUAAAGAAAGGAGUGUACAUGGCAAAUAUAGGACCACAAGGAAGUGCGUUCAGGUUAAGGAAAUAUGCAUUCGAUCUACUUGCAUUAGAGGAUUUACUGAACAAGGAUGCAUGGAAUUACGUGAGACAAUACUUGCGUUUGAAGUCGACAACUAUGUACUACGAUUUCGAUAAGGUUAUCUCUGCAGCACCUGCUGAUGAGAAGAAACCCCUUACUGAUAUUGCUAACAAAUUGUUCGACAAUUUCGAACAGCUGUACGCUGCUGUGAAGCUCAAAAGUCUUCCUAAAACAGAAACUUGUUAUCAAGAUACAGCCGUUCUUCUUCAAGAUAUCGUGAAUCGUUUCGACGCAAUGGCGUAAACAUUAUAUAAAUCUACUGCAGUAGCAAAUUAAUAACUUUUGGGGUCCCAUAACUUUUCAUUGGGGUAAGCUAGAAGAAAGGGAUGAUCUUGCUUGAAACAGUUAGAAAUCAUCUUAUUAAUAAUUUAUGUUCUUAUUGAUUAGUUCAAUGGAUUAAAACAAAACAAGCUUGAGUUUUCUUCGUCACCUUACUUAGGUGAUUUGUUUUUAUUUUCUUCUUUUGGUAACUUUAUAUCAUAUACUUUGGGCAGUGAACAUCCAAACUGAAUUCUUUUUCUUUUA